CACCUAGCCGGUGCUCAGUCUCGACGCGCGCAAGCCCGUGUGUACGUCCGCCGCCGUCGCUGCUCGCCGUUUUUCGUCUCGUCGCACGCCGCCGACCGACCCUCCCGCGGAUAACAGAGCAUGCGCAGCCGCCCCGAGUGAAGUGCUGCACCACCGAGUAUCGCCCGCUAAGGACGCGCCGAUCUCCUCUUCUACCACCCGGACCCGUUGUUCGAUACUUCUUCGCCGCCACGAGACUUUCCGCGGGCCUUUCCUUCCCCCUCCCCCACCCCGUCAAUAUUUCUACCGGAACAGAAUCGUAUUUUUCCGGCACAUUCCGUCGCCCCCAGUGCGUAUUCCGCGGCCGCCCGUUCUACCGGUGCGCGCGCGUCUCUUCGGCCCGCUGUCGUCAAAGUCAGCCCGACAUGGUCUGUUCGUCCGUCUUCCGGCAAGUCCGUCGUCGCUGAGUUUCGAAGUUCGCGAGCGCCCUAGGGUACGGCUUUGCUCCGUGACCCCCUGCAGCAGCAGCAGCAGCAGUUGUAGCCGUCAGCAGCUCUCGGACCAUCGUCAACGGGAUUAGUCGAUGACACCGCCGGCAACAACGCCGUCGCCGUAGUUCACGCACGACACACCACCACGCGCUAUCCGUUGCACGCGAAUUACUUGUACAACGCGUCGCAUUGGCAGCCCUGAUGGGCGUGUUUGAAGACCUGGCCAAUCAGAAACCCGGAAUGCAUUGGCAGCAUGACCGCCACCACACCAUGCUGGCCAACCCGUACGACCCGUCCAGAGACCUGAGCCCGAACCUGCCGACCACGUCGUGCCGCGGCCAAGAGCUGACCAACGUGUUCGGCGGCGUCGCGGGCGCGGCUGGCCUGGGGCAGUGUUGCGCGCUGAAGUCGGAGUUCGACGACGACUGCCCGGACUGCUGCAAGGUGUCGCCGCCGACGCCGAUGAUGGACGAGGUGGUCGGCGACGACUACCGCGGCGGCCCGUUGGCGUUGCCCUGCAAACAGGAACGCGGUGACCCGAUCGCCGGCCUCGUCGGCAUGGGCUCGUCGCCCCUGGGGCACCAGCCGCGACACCACCACCAUCAUCACCACCAUCACCACCACCUUCAUCACGCGGUCGUCGGGUACGGGUCGCCGGAGCCAUCCGCGUCGCCCGGCCUCCUGUCGUCGUACGGCGGCGGCGGCGGCGCGUACGGCGACUCGCUGCCGGAGCUGAUGGUGCGUCCCAAGCGCGAGGAACCGGCCGAGGUGAACCUGUGCGACGGCUGCGGCCUCAAGAUCCUCGACCGUUACUACCUGUUCGCGGUCGACAAGAGAUGGCACGCCACCUGCCUGCAGUGUUCCCAGUGCUCCCGGACCCUGGCCUCCGAGGUGAAAUGUUUCUACCGGGACGGCAAAAUAUACUGCAAGACCGACUACCAAAGUUUGUUCGGGAUACGUCGGUGCGGCCGGUGCCAGGCGGCCAUUUCACCGUCGGAGCUGGUGAUGCGCGCCAGGGACACUGUGUUCCACGUGCCGUGCUUCAGCUGCACCGUGUGCAUGGUGGUGCUGACCAAGGGUGAUCAGUUCGGCAUGCGCGACGGAGCGGUGUUCUGCCAACACCAUUACCAGCAGUUCGCGUCCGCCUCGUCCACGCCGUCGUCCACUCCGUCGCUGGUCCAGCACCAGUCGCCUCUGCACCGGGCUCUACCGCUUUCGAUGACGCCCGUCCAGUCGCCGUAUCCGUCGUCCAGGCCGCUAGAGUCUCCCGGCGGUGGUGGUGGUGGCGGCGUGUUCUUCAACGGGUCCACCGUCGUGACCGGUAACGCGGUCGCUGCCGUCCCUGCGCCCACGCAACCCCGGCAGAAGGGUCGACCCAGAAAGCGUAAACCCAAAGAUCUGGACGCCAUGACCGCUAACAUGGACAUGAACUCGAGCGAUUCGUACAACAUGGAAAUGGCGUUCGGCCCGGGCGGUUUGUCCGGCGCGGGCGGCAACGGCGGUCCCGGAUCCGGUCACCAACGUACGAAACGCAUGCGCACGUCUUUCAAACACCAUCAGCUGCGCACCAUGAAGUCGUACUUCCAUCACAACCACAACCCCGACGCAAAAGAUCUCAAACAGCUCUCGCAAAAGACAGGACUGCCCAAACGAGUGUUACAGGUGUGGUUCCAAAACGCUCGGGCCAAGUACAGGCGAACAGCCACCAAACAGGACGGGGGCUUGGGACCGCUGGCACCGCCGUCCAUAAAGCCGGACAAGAGCUGUUCGGAAAGUUCGACGGGCUCGACCGGCAUCGAGGCAGUCAUGUUCCACCAGCAGCAGCAGCAGCAACAACAGCAGCAACAGCACCACGCCAUGCAGAUGAGCCCCAGGAGCUAUUUGAGCACUUCGUCGCCCAUGGAGUGUGGGUCGUAAAGGAAUUGAAUAUUUACGUGUUCACGAUUGUCCAUAUUGUUGUUUAGAAAAAUCAUAAAAACCGUCCCUACGCGAAAAUGUAUAUUACGUGAUCGUAGCCGGUCUACGUACCCACUAAGUCGAUUUCUUUGUGCGUUUAAGUAAAUAUUAUAUGUUUGCAUACGGAUUUAUAUAUAGAAAAUCGUACACGACCCAUGUGUAUAUUUUUAUGGGGGGGGAGAGGGUAGACGAUAAAAUAUACGAUAGUGAUCAUGUAUAUUAUUUGUCGUGUAUAAUAAGCGUCGUCGUGUAAAAAGUAAAAAGUAAAAUAAAAAAUAAAUAAAGAAUAACGAAAAUGAACAGCUAAAAGCCAGUUUGUAUACGUGCAAUAUUUUCAUGUAAGAUAUUUAUAUUAUAAUAUUUAAGUUGUUUUUUUUUUUUUUUUUUUUAAUUAAAUAUUUAUAUUGUUGAAAGUAUAACGGUUUGAGAAAGAAAAAACACUAUUAGCUUUUAGUUACGAUCGAAAGUAGUAUAUAAUUUGUAUAGAAUAAUUUAAUACCAUGUAUGACUUAUGAAACCCAUGUUGUUCUUACUUCUUUUGUGUCUA